UUUCAAGAUGGUGGGGAUCCGAUAGAUCCGAUUCCCGAACCACGAUUCGUUCACGCAAGAUCUGAUGGAAUCGAGAAGGGAGAAUUCCAGUAGCGGCUUCUCGCAGAUGGUAUCAGGUCGGCGCCCAUAUGUCCGCAGCGAAGUUGGAGUAAAACGGUGCGAGCGAGACAGCUAACGAGUGUCGCGUACUUUUAGUGGGGCAACACGGACGGUCCUCGGUAAACACACACCUCAGGAGCCACACCUCGGCGUCGGGGUACAUCGGCAGGAUAUGCUGGACACACGCGUCAGGGUUGCAGGUUGGGUGACUGCGCCUUGGAGUCUAGGGCAGCGGAGGAUGCCAGGCGUAGCGUUUGUCGCCAUCGUUAGUAUCGUUCGUGAGCGUGCCCUUUUCGCUUGGCGCAGGUUGUCCGAAGGAGGUGGUGGACAGUGGGGAGGGAUUUUUUUUGCGAACGCGCGCGCGCGCCUGCGUAUGUGUUUGAGCGGAUGCCGUGUGGAAGCACCCGGCCAGUAAAUACCCGCCAGUAUCGCGCGGCCACGAGAUUGAGAUAUAUCGUGUGCACGGGUUUUGCGAAACGGUUUUGUUUCCCGCGGGCAUCAUAGUCGCGGGUGACCUGGGUAUCCGGACGCGAAAACACAACCGGUGCGUACCGGCCGGAUACGAGUUGGGCGAUGAUCUGCGGCGGGCCACAUGACGUGCCGUGAAACCGAUCGCAACACUCACCCUCCCUGUUCACCGGUCAGACACGUACCCUCCGGCAACCGGAUAUACCUAGCCCAACUCUAGUGCAGUUGAAGGCGGCUGGCUUCCGGCGGUGGUAGAGAUCCUGCACACGCACACACAGACACACAGACUAGAGCGCGAGAUCCUUCACGAGGCAGGCAAGUAAAGCAAAGGACCUUUCAGCCAUGCUGGUACCACCGGACAUGAUCACUGUGCAGUCGAAGACGAUCUUCCAGAUCAACAAGUACUACGCGGAGAAGGUGCAGGUGCGCAUGGGCAACAUCGCCAUCGUGCUGCGUGAGAUCUGCAAGAUCGUGCAGGAGGUGCUGCGCGAGGUAGAGGUCCAAGAACCGAGGUUCAUAUCCAGCCUGGUGGAGUGCAAUGGCCGAUUCGAAGGCCUGGAGGUGAUUUCGCCGACGGCAUUCGAGGUCGUGCUGUACCUCAACCAGAUGGGAGUGUUCAACUUCGUCGACGAUGGCUCACUGCCCGGUGCGGCAGUGCUGAAGCUGAGCGAUGGCCGCAAACGCUCGAUGUCGCUGUGGGUCGAGUUUAUCACCGCGUCCGGGUAUCUGUCCGCCCGGAAGAUCCGGUCCCGCUUUCACACGCUCGUUGCCCAGGCUGUGGAGAAAUGUCCGUACCGGGACAUGGUGAAGCUAGUGCCGGACACGACCGAGGUGAAGCUCCGUAUCCGCGACCGUUACACCGUGCAGAUAACGCCCGCGUUCAAGUGUACCGGUAUCUGGCCCCGGUCGGCAGCACACUGGCCAAUACUCAACAUUCCCUGGCCCCAUCCGGCCCUCGUCGCCGAGGUCAAGACGGAAGGGUUCGAUCUACUCUCGAAGGAGAGUGUUAUCCUGCAGGGGAAGAACGCCAACGUGGAGGGCGACGCCUGGCUGCUGCACUUUACCGAGGCCGAGAAUCGGUUGCUGCAGGGUGGCUAUCGGAAGCGGUGUCUUAGCAUCCUGAAAACGCUGUGCGAUCGGCAUCUGGAUCUGCCCGGCGCACCGAUCGGGUACUACCAUCUGAAGACGCUACUGCUGUACGAGUGCGAGAAGCAUCCGCGGGAAACGGAGUGGGAUGCGGGCUGUGUGGCGGAUCGGCUGAACGGGAUCUUUCUGCAGCUCAUCUCCUGCCUCCAGUGUCGCCGCUGUCCGCACUACUUUCUGCCGAGUCUGGACCUGUUCAAGGGCAAAUCGCCGACGGCACUGGACAAUGCGUCCAAGCACGUGUGGCGCCUCUGUCGGGACAUUCUAACCAGCAGCAAGGCGUUCGAUAGGCUGUAGUCAGGAAAGAGGGGGUUUAUGUCUAGGCCCAACGGUUCCAGCGUGCCGACCAUAUCAAGGUGUCCGGAUAUCUAGUGAGGUGCAGAAAAACACCAAGACACUGUACGCGUGAUGUAUACGAGAUGGAUUCUUAAUCCACAACAGCAAUUAGUGUAAACGCUUAACGUUGUGAACGUUUAGAGGACCGAACGAGGUGAACUGUAUACGAUGUCUGUCGUCUGCCUUAGUUUUGACGUUUAAAGUAAGCUUUCCUACACCAACUUUCUAGUGAAGCGGCAAGAAAUAAGGACUCGGUCAACUAGAACUCGAUUUAUUUGUUUUGCAUUCUUCUGGAUUUGUUCUCUGUUUUACGGUCCGGCAAUAUUUAUAAAACUAGUGACAAAACGUGAACGUGAUAAUUGCUAGAUGUUUAAGGUGUCUCUGCUGCCAUUUGCUUCAAUUUUUGCUUCCGGUGUAGUUGUGAUGCGAAGCAAAAAUACAAAAAACAAGUAACAGAUUCAAUUUUAAGGUUAUGUUUGUUUCACGUUCUGUGCUGUGCUGUGCUUCGAAUCGAACCUCGAACGGUGCAAAAACGGAAGGAUUGGCAUUUUAUCAGAAUUUUUGUUUGUAAAUAAGAAAGGAAAAGCGAAGCUUUCAAUCAACCGGAAGGAAUUGGAUUUUUGUUUUGUUUUUGAAAUUAUUGUUAACGUUAGAUAUAUUUGUAUACACACAGGGAAUAUUUGAUGACAUUAAAAAGCAACAACAAAAUAAAUGGUGGACAAAAUCAUGCUUAAGUAGUAUACGAGUGUGCUUAGGAAAACGAAAAAACGGACGCAUAAGAUGUGUUUACACGACUGCAUCAGAUAAAUAAAUUUUUAUUGAUUUCAUAAUCUAAAA